CUGUGGUAUUUAAGGCUAACGGUCAUCCAAACCCAAGAUUUGCAGCUAGGUUCGGGUGGAAGCGAGCCUAAGGUUCGGAGUCCUGACCUCUACGUGAAAGCGCAGCUCGGCGCACAGUUAUUCAAGACGAGCCGAACCACGGUAGGAUCCUCCAGCUCGGCUUCCAACCCUACGUGGAACGAAGACCUUGUAUUCGUGGCAGCUGAGCCGUUUGAGCCGUUUUUGGUGAUCACAGUGGAAGAUGUUACUAACUGUCAAGUGGUGGGGUAUGCUAAGGUGCAGGUCACGUCCAUUGAUAAGCGUACGGACGACAAAUCAGAGCCAAGAUCAAGGUGGUUUAAUUUAGUGGGCGAUGAGAAAAAGCCUUAUGCUGGUAGGAUACACGUGCGAGUUUGUUUGGAGGGUGGGUAUCACGUGCUUGAUGAAGCAGCACAUUUAACCAGUGAUGUUAGAGCCACAGCAAAACAAUUGUCCAAACCACCUUUUGGAUUACUUGAAGUUGGUAUUAGAGGUGCUAAUAAUCUACUCCCUGUGAAAACAAAAGAUGGCACUCGUGGGACCACCGAUGCCUACGUGGUGGCCAAGUACGGGCCCAAGUGGGUCCGGACACGUACAAUUCUUGAUCGGUUUAAUCCGAGGUGGAAUGAGCAGUAUACUUGGGAUGUAUACGAUCCCUGCACCGUGUUGACAAUUGGGGUGUUUGAUAAUGGGAGGUACAAGCAUGAUGAUGAUGGUCAUGGUCACAAGAAAGAUGUACGACUUGGGAAGCUAAGAGUACGACUCUCGACGCUCGAUACGAAUAAGAUGUACAUGGGUACUUAUUCACUUAUGGUGUUGCUUCCUAGUGGUGCAAAGAAAAUGGGUGACAUUGAGAUUGCUUUGAGGUUUACUUGUUCAUCGUGGCUGAGUUUGAUACAAGCCUAUACUAAUCCAAUGUUGCCAAGAAUGCAUUAUGUGCGCCCAUUUGGUCCAGCUCAACAGGAUAUUUUAAGGCACACAGCUAUGAGGAUUGUCACAGCAAGAUUGGCUAGGUCAGAACCUGCAUUGGGGCAAGAAGUGGUUCAAUGUAUGUUGGAUUCAGACACUCACAUAUGGAGCAUGAGGCGAAGCAAGUCAAAUUGGUUCAGAGUGGUUGGGUGCUUGUCUAGAGCGGCGACAUUAGUCCGUUGGCUUGAUGGAAUUAGGACAUGGGUGCACCCACCAACCACAAUUUUGGUGCAUAUACUAUUGAUAGCCAUUGUCUUAUGUCCGCACCUAGUAUUGCCUACAAUUUGUAUGUAUGCCUUCUUGAUCAUUUCCUUAAGGUUUCGAUAUCGCCAGCGUGUUGCAAUCACUAUGGAUCCUCGAUUAUCUCACGUGGAUGCAAUAGGUCCCGAUGAGCUCGAUGAGGAGUUCGAUGGAUUCCCAACGUCGAGGCCUAUGGAACAUGUUCGGGUUCGAUAUGACAGGUUAAGGGCACUAGCAGGGAGGGCACAAACACUACUAGGUGAUGUUGCAGCACAAGGGGAGAGGUUAGAAGCAUUGUUCAAUUGGAGGGAUCCUAGAGCUACUGGUAUAUUUGUGGUGGUGUGCUUAUUUGCUUCAUUGGUGUUCUAUGUCGUUCCGUUCAAGGCAUUUGUGUUAGGGUCAGGGCUGUAUUACUUGCGCCACCCUCGGUUCCGCGACGACAUGCCUUCCGUCCCCGUUAACUUUUUCCGGCGACUUCCACCACUCUCCGAUCAAAUUCUUUAGAUUAUGAUUGCUUUUUUUGUUUUUACUGCACUUUCCCGGUGUAACUGCUUUUCACGGUAGCUUUGUUUUUGUUUUGUAAAACAUGGCAUAACUGAUUACUAGUACUAUUUAUUAAUUCAGUGGUUUGGUUUCUUAACAAUGUGUAUUUGAUA